CUGUAACAGCGCAGUCAUCUUAACAAAAUACGGAAUAUUAAAAUCUCUCUCCUCUUCACCCACUCUGCGUAUCUUAGCUCAACAUCCACCAUUUCCUCUACCCUGCGCAUUUCACGUUUACCACAUCGUUGACGACCGAGCCAACUCGCCGGCGUUUCCUCAACGCCUGUCUAUCCUUUCAACAUCCGCCAGAACAUUCUCGAAACUCGCAUUUCCUAAAUAAUAACAUCACACACAGAGAAAACACGUCUACAUUCUAGAAGCUUCGUUUUGCGUCAAAACAAUGGGACUUGAUUACUAUAACGUACUAAAAGUAUCUCGGAAUGCAAGUGAAGAAGAUUUAAAGAGAUCGUACAAGCGAUUAGCUAUGAAAUGGCAUCCAGAUAAGAACAGUCAGAACAAAAAAGAAGCAGAAGCAAAAUUCAAGCAGAUUUCUGAAGCGUAUGAUGUGCUUAGUGAUCCUCAGAAGCGUCAGAUCUAUGACGUGUACGGUGAUGAUGCAUUGAAAUCCGGUCAAUUUGCCUCGGCGUCGCCGACUAGUGCUGGUAGUAACGCCAGAGGGUUUAGGUUCAAUACGCGUGAUGCGGAGGCUAUUUUUGCUGAGUUUUUCGGUGGAUCGGGUAGUAAUUCCGGUGCCGGAGUCGGUCGGAAGGCGGCGCCGGUGGAGAAUAAACUGCCGUGUAGCUUGGAGGAGCUUUACAAAGGUUCUAGAAGAAAAAUGAAGAUCUCACGGAUUCUUCUGGAUGACUCUGGUAAGCCUACAACUGUUGAAGAGGUCUUAGCGAUACACAUCAAGCCUGGUUGGAAGAAAGGCACAAAAAUCACUUUCCCAGAGAAAGGAAACUAUGAGCCUGGAGCUACUCCUGGUGAUCUUAUUUUUGUGAUAGAUGAAAAGCCGCAUGCUGUCUUCAAGAGGGAUGGAAAUGAUCUGGAGAUCAAUCAGAAAAUUUCUUUACUAGAUGCUCUUACUGGGAAAACUAUAAGCUUGAUCACUUUGGAUGGACGGGAACUCACAAUACCAAUCACAGAUAUUGUUAAACCAGGACAUGAGCAUAUAAUCCCAAAUGAAGGAAUGCCAAUAUCAAAGGAACGUGGCAAGAAAGGAAAUUUGAAGAUCAAGUUUGACAUUAAAUUCCCAUCAAGGCUAAGUGCAGAUCAGAAAUCUGAUAUCAGGAGGGUACUGUGCAGGAGCGCUGACUAAUCGUGGGUUUUAGUUAAGGUGUCACUAACACUAUCAUGCAUGUGCAGCGAAAUGUAAAUAAUUAACAAGUUUUCUGUAGAAAGGAAAUUGUGCAUAGUAGGAUGUAGUUUAAGGAUGCCUCAAUAUUUACAACAUGUGAGCUAAUGUAGUUUCUACUUAGCUGCCUGCCUCUUUUUUUUCUUUUUUUUUUUAAAAAAAAUAAUAAUAAUAAUAAUGUUGGAUGUAAAAGGGGAGUAAGUAGUAAGUAGUUUAAUAAUUGUGUUUGAUUUGGAGGUGGAUGCUACAUAUCAAGUGUUGUGGUUGAGAUUAGUGGCACUGUGUUAUAGUUGUGUAUUCCGUCUGUGCAGGGCAGACCUUUGAUGAAUUUAGUGUGUUGGUUGUUUUUGCAUUU